CGGUUCCCGUGAACAGUUCUCUGGGAUUCCAACUGCCAUAAAGCUUUUCCUUCCCUACUCCUCAUUCAGGAUCUACACUCACUAAUAUACCAGGAACCUGAAGAUGCGAGUCCUUUGGCUUUUGCUUUUUGCUGGAUCCAUGGCAUAUCAAGACAUGGAUCGCAGUGUCUUCCUCUUUCCAAAAAAGUCUUCUGAUGAUUAUGUGCUUCUGACACCAAAGAUGACUGGGACUUUAAAUAAAUUCACCGUUUGCUUGAGGAGCUACACAGAUGGCAAACAAUUUGCCCUUUUUACAGUGGGCACCGUAAAUUCACAGAUCCAAAACAUGUUCGUUAUUGUACAAUCCCCAUCAGGUUAUUUCCAUAUCUAUGUGAAAAAUGUGCAGGUAUCCAUUCCAGGAGAGAGAGAUGUUCUGGAGUGGAAUCACAUCUGUGUGACCUGGGGAAAUGGAGUUCUACAGCUUUGGGUUAAUGGAAAAGUCUCCCCUCGCACAUCACUGAACUCAGGCUAUCCUAUUGAUCUCCAGCAGGGUAUUUCCCUGGGUCAGAUGCACCUACCAUCCAGGAAUACACACACUAGUUUGUAUAGAUACUAUGGGAGUAGAUGGGAUCCUGAAGCUUCCUUUCAAGGGGAAAUAAGUGAUGUUCAUAUGUGGGAUGAGGUUUUGCCUCCUGAGACCAUAAGGCAGGUUCUUCUAAAUAAUAGGGAUAUCAAUGGCAAUGUCAUUAGCUGGAGGUCUCUGAUCUACACUAUUAAUGGAGAUGUCACUGUCCAACCCAAACUCCAGUGUAGAUAUGGCAGCGAGUCUGGCAGCUCACACUAUCAGUGCUCUAUGGACUAAUGGGAUUGAAAAAACAGGUAGAACAAUGACUUUCCAGCUAAUGAUUAUUACUAAGGGAAAUAUGUCUUUAGAAAUAAGGAGAUCUAUCGUUUUUUUGAAAAGAAGGGCUCAUUUGGUGGCAGAUUUAUCAAGGGUCAAAUCGAAAAUGUGAAUUAUUAAAUUCGAAUUUCGAGUUUAUUUUAGUGUAAUUCAACUAGGGAAUCGUCCAAA